AUGCAAGUUGUUCGCUGGCAACCCCGUCUUCCAGACACUUUCGUCGAGGAGCGGUUUUCGACGAUUAGUGUGAGCGAGAGAAAAACAACACUCGUCGACACCGAAGAUGCCGAGGACAGCACCACACUCUACCGACGAGCUGGCGAAACACCGGGCCUUCGACCGCAGUCCGUCGAUACCGAGUCCGGUUUCUGGCUCUGGGAAGGUGCCCUGGACCUCGUUCACUACCUUAGUCAACUUGGCGAAUCAUGCUGCUGUAAGCAGAUAGGUGUUCGUCAUGGAGCGCUCGAAAUACUCGAGAUCGGUUGUGGUCACGCUCUACCCGCAAUCUACUUGGCCCGCCAAGGGCACUGCGUCCGCGUCGACUUCCAGGAUCAUAGCUGUCAAGUUUUAGAGACGAUUACGCAGCCAAACGUAUGGCGUAACGGUAUCUGGAAACAACUGCACCAUGAACCGCAGUUUUACGCUGGCUCGUGGCAGUCCUGGCUCGAAGAUGCGUCUAUGGAUCGGCGUUACGACUUGAUUCUGGCCAGCGAGACAGUCUACAGCAGAGCGUCUACAAGAUUAUGCCUGCAGGUAUGUCGGAAGCUUCUGAAACCGCACGGGAUGGCUCUUUUUUCCGGAAAAACCGUGUACUUUGGUUUAGAUGGUGGAAUGGUUGAGUUGGUGGAUAUCUUGCACGAAAUCGGUGGCCAGUCGCAUUUGCUCUGGUGCACGAGUCAGCAGAUAGCUGCGACUCGACGAGAGAUUCGAUCCGUAGCGUUUGAUAUUGGUGCAAGACCGACUCCAGCGAAUCCCGCUUGCCCUAUUUCCGCUGCUCCCAGCGGGGGAUAA